AUGGAUGGACAGAGGAGAGACGAUGAUGUUGCGCAUUCCCUGGUUGCCAGUGGCAUGCUGACCAACCUCCCACGCGAGUGCCGACAUGCCGCCAUCACCUCGCCCGCGGGGUUUCCGCGAAAAAACGUUCACGCUACGCUUUUCUGCAACGAACUUUUUGACGGACGCAUCUUGGCCUCGAUCAUAUUCAAGCUAGGCUUUUCUGCAACGAAAAUUAGCAACCCAAAGACACACCCAGCGCGUUGCCGCCGCAGCGACUCGAGAUCGAGAGGCGGAGGCCGUCGCGACCGGAGAUCCCCAAUCGGCGUCGUCGCUGCCGCAUCGUCCUCCAGCGCUCAAUUGGAGCGCACCGUGCGCACGGGACAAUUUCGGCCAUUGCGAUGCUCCGAUCUGCUGUUGGACUCGCUCUCCGGCAGUCGGCGCCGGCCGCUCGCUUCUGCGGCAAGGUCGGCCGCCGCAACCCUGCAUCCAACAUCACCACGAGCGCGGAAUUAUGACGCUAGCAGGAGGUUUGAAUUCAGCAAGGAAAACUUUGCCGGCUGCACCGGUGUGGAAUUUAUGAUUGGCGCCUUUGCCUGCGGCAUAGCACUUCUGUUUAGGCACUAUAUGACUCCUCCCUACGAAAAGGAAUCGAGGUACAAUACGGCAAGUUGUGAAACAAAAUCCACUUCUGAUACUUGUCAGCAUGGACAACAUGGACUAGAGAAAAUGGAAUAGGGAGCAGCAUGUCUAAAGGAAAGAGCAUGUCUAACUAGUCUCAUGUCUUACCUGUAUAAGUUCUUGGAUGGGAGAUCUACAAUUUAGUCUGUUGCAUUGUAUUAUAUACAUGAGAAGAUGCCUAAUGACGAAAGUGAAGUCCCUUGUGGCCUUGUCGACUUUCUGUA